GAACCAUCUCGGGAGGGUCUUCAUUUCUCUCAGCAGAAUAUGUCAAAAUUGUGCUACUUACUCGUAUUACUUAUAAUUCAAGUAUGGGCUGCUGACCCACCGACGCUGGAUAAUGGAAUCUCAGAGCUCCCCGAGGUGGACUGUAUGGAAGAUCGUGUGAAGCUCUCCUUCAAGACCCAACGCCCAUUCCACGGCAGGAUAUUUGUUAAGGGAAUGGUUGAUAAGCAAGCUUGUGUUCGAGACUUUGUCACUAGUCAAGCCAAAGAUGUGACUUUUGAGCUAGAGAAUGGAGCCUGUAAUAUGAGGAGGCAGAGAAUGCUAGGACCCGAAAAGCGCGGAAUGGAAAUGUCAAUGACCGUCAUCAUCUCCUUCCACUCCACCUUCAUCACCAAAGUCGACAGAGCCUACCGAUGCACGUGCUUCUAUAUGGAGGCCGAUAAGGUUGUGACGAACAAAUUCGAUGUCAGCAUGCUCCCGACCACAGAUCUCAUUGACACCGCCCGUAUGCCGCUGUGCACGUAUUCGGUGCGCCGCGACUCGAUCACCGGGCCGAUUGUAGAGUUCGCCAAGGUUGGGGAGACUGUGUACCAUGUGUGGAAUUGUGAAAGUGACAUGUUCUCUAUGCUCGUGCAUUCUUGCUUCGUGGACGAUGGAAAUGGUGAUGAGCGUAAGCCGCUGCUCGACGAGCACGGUUGUGCUAUUGAUCCACUGAUCCUCCCGGAUCUGACCUACAACAAGGACAACAACGUGGCGUAUGCUCAAGUGAACACCUUCAAGUUUGCCGACAAGGUCUCCACGUACUUCCAGUGUGCUGUGAGCACCUGCAUGAAUACCGAGGGAAUGUGCGAUGGGAAAACGCCACCACGUUGCGGACCAGCAGGCUCGUUCCGUUCUUCAUCCAGCUCAAAUGACAAUGGCUUCAACCGACGUUCUCGCCGAGCAACUUUGUCCAACAGGACUGCUGUCAACUGGGUACACUUGGCAGAUACAAUGGAUCUGGCCGCAAAUAAGAUUACUGUAUUUGAGCUGGAAGAGAAGCAGAAUAGUGAGGAUAAGGAUGAACCCCCAGCUCACUCCCACCUGGCAAUCCUCCAAGGAUCCCAUCCCUCCACAGUGGUCUGUCUCAACCAAUCUAGGAUCCAAAUAUUCUUUGUCUUAUCAUUUUUAAUGCUCACCGUGGUUACGGUUCUUACCAUUUUCACUGUACGACGGUCAAUGACGGCGCCGACAAAAUGCCAGCUAAACGCCUGACUUUUUAGGUGAAACGUUUUUAUGUUUUUUUUUCUUUUUUUACAAUGAAAGUUGUUGAAAUUU